AUGAAGGACCAGAUGUCCGGUAUCAUUGAAGUGGACCAAGAUGCUGAUCCACCAGAUCCUCCUUCUUCAGAAAGGUCACUUGUGGUUUCCAAUCCUGGGAACCAACAGGUGACACUUUGUAGGAAGCCUUCCCCAAUCAAAGAGUUACAUGACCUGAUCUCCUAUAAUAUUGAUGUAAUGGAAGUAGAGAAAGAAGUCAGAGAUUUUCAUAAAGAGGACAAGGAGGAGAACAUUAAGCAGAAUAAGGAAAAUAUACUCAGGCAGGCAGAUGUAUCUCCCAAGAGAAAAUCCAACAAUAAGGGCCAGAAGAAUGCUAAUGACAAGAAAAUUCCACUCAGGGUGGUACCAAAGAAGAAUGCUGCUAAAUCUAAUCAUGUCAGGACAAUAAAUCAUUAUAGGAGGAGAUUGGGAAUGUGCUUGGCUAAUGCCAACUGUAAUGGUAAAAUCUGGUACUUUGUUACUGAUAACAUAGGAGUGGAAGUUUUGAUGGACUCCUCCCAACAGAUUACUUUGAAGUUGUCUUUACAAGAGUUGAAUCAGCAUAUUAUUACAACUUUAGUAUAUGCUAAAUGUGAUGCAUCUGAAAGGCUGGAGUUGUGGGAGGCUAUUUAUCAUCUUUCCAAUACCAUGACUUGUUCUUGGUUGAUAGGAGGAGACUUCAAUGUGGUUUUGAAUGAGGAAGAAAAGAUAGGAGGUAAUCAAAUACAACCUCAGGAUGUAGAAGAGUUUGCAUUUUUCAUAAAUUCCUGUGAACUUGAAGAAGUGAAUUUUAAGGGAAGCCCCUUCACUUUGUGGAAUGGAAGAGCAGAUGAAGAAUGUAUCUUUGAAAGACUGGAUAGGAUGUUGGAGAAUUCUCAUCUUCUUGACAGCUUUGGAAAUAUUGAAGUGGAACAUCUUGCUAGGACUGGGUCAGAUCAUGCCCCUCUUUUGUGCACUUAUGGUGAUAAUCUUCAGAAUCAUUUCAGACCUUUUAAAUUUGUAUCAUUUUGGAUGGAAACAGUUAGGCAGAAUUGGUCCACUUGGGAACAUGAGGAUGCUUUUAUAAACUUCAAAUGCAAAAUGAAAAAGUUGAAAAGGGUGUUAUCCAAAUGGAGCAGAGAAGUUUUUGGUGAUAUCUUUAAGCAGCUGAUCAUAAGGGAGGAAAUAGUCAGAUUAAAGCAACAGUUGUUUGAAGAGAAUCCAUCUCAAUUGAAUAGAUUGGUUCUGCAGAAAGCUCAGGCUGAGACUAAAAGAUACUUGCAUUAUGAAGAAGAGUACUGGAGACAAAAAUCUGGCUUGGACUGGUUUAUAGAUGGUGACAAGAAUACUAGAUUUUUUCAUAAUCUAGUGAAGGGAAGAAUGAAGAAGCCGCAGAUCAAAAGAAUUCAAAAUUCAGAUGGUUCAUGGAUUGAGGAUGAGGACCAAAUGGCAGCUGAGGUUGUGCAUUUCUAUGCACAAAAAUUUUCACAUGAAGACUCAGUUGGAGGAGAAAUUUUUUUGUCACAUAUUCCUAUUUUGAUUAAUCAAGAUAGAAAUGAUCUUCUUUGUCAAAUGCCUAGUGUUAAUGAAGUCAAAAAAGCUGUAUUUAAGCUUAGUGAAUCAAGUGCCAGUGGACCUGAGGUUUUCCUGGAAUUUUCUACCAGACUUGUUGGGAUAUUUUUGGCUUGGAUGUAUACAAGAUGGUGGUGGCUUUCUUUCAAGGUCAUACUCUUCCUAAGGCUAUUACUCAUACCAAAUCUUGUUCUGCUACCAAAGAAGAAGUUGGUUCAAAAUUGCUCAGACUUAAGACCUAUAAGUUUAAGCUUUGUACAUGGGAGAAGCAUUAUCGAGAAUGUGCUCUUGGCACAAGAAAUUGUGAUAGACAUCAGAAAAAGGGGCAAACCGAUAAAUAUAGUGAUUAAAUUGGACAUGGCAAAGGCCUAUGAUAGAGUAUCUUGUUCAUAUUUGAUAAAGGCCAAAGGAUUUUUCCAUUCAACCAGGGGUGUCAAACAAGGUGAUCCACUUUCACCAAAGAUUGUUCAUCUUAUCAGUAGAGAUGAUACUAUAAUAUUUCCAUCUGUAGAAGGAGAGUCCUUGAAGAGAAUUAUGAAGAUUCUGCAGGAUUAUGAGGCAAUAUCAGGCCAACUGAUCAAUAAAGACAAGAGUGCCUUUUAUAUGUAUCAGAAGAUUACUGGUGUACUGUUUUAUUGGAGUACUAAAGAAGAGCGUAGAAGUAGACAUUGGACCUCAUGGGAUAAGAUGAAACAAACAGAAGUGCAAUGGAAAAGUGGUUCACAGGUUUGGAAAAGAAUGAUAGAAGCAAGAGAUCAGGCAAUGCCUCCAGACUUUCAUAUUGACACCAGCAUUGAAGAGGUAUCAUACUUCAUGAAUGCAGAAGGCUGGGAUGCACAGAGAUUGUAUGACAAACUGCCUAUUAAUGUUUGUAAUCAUGUCCUAGAAGAGCUGAGUAUAGUGGAGCAUUCAAAGGAGAUGGAUAAAGCCUAG